AUGUCUGCAAGACUGCCUUCCAUUCCUUACCUCUGUGAUCUGCUUCUAGUGUCUGAAUGUGGAGAAUCAGCAAAGCAAGGCACAGUCCCAAGUAGUGGCUACUUUGAGACUACAGUAGCCCUGGUUGAGGGCAGAGCCUAUGACAUGAGGUCCAGCCUGGUUAAUGACUGCCCUCAAGGGCAGUCCCUGGUGUGCAUGUGCAUGUGUGUAUGCCAGCAAGGGCUGCGAAUCCUUGAAUGGUGUGCCCAUGGAGGGGAGGAUCAGAGGCGACACUGUCACCGUCCUAACACUUCGAAGAAUGGCAUCAGGGACGGCGUCCGUAGGAGUUUGACAUACCAUCAUAAGCUGCCCUACAAUACAGCCUCUAACAAAACUAGGCUGUCCCGAACCCCUGGCAAUAGAAUCGUUUACCUUUAUACCAAGAAUGUUGGGAAAGCGCCAAAGUCUGCAUGUGGCAUGUGCCCUGGCCGACUUUGAGGAGUUCGUGCUGUGAGACCUAAAGUCCUUAUGAGAUUGUCUCAAACGAAAAAACACGUCAGCAGGGCCUACGGUGGUUCCAUGUGUGCUAAGUGUGUUCGUGACAGGAUCAAGCGUGCUUUCCUUAUUGAGGAGCAGAAAAUCGUUGUGAAAGUGUUGAAGGCUCAAGGACAGAGUCAGAAAGCUAAAUAAAAAAAAAAUGAGGAUUUUUUUUGAGUAAUAAAAAUCAAAGAGCUUGA